UCGUUUGAGGGAAAUUCAGGGCGGCGUAGUUAGAAGUUUUCAAUUGAGUAGGUGCAAAGGUUCAAUGCCUGGUUUGAGGGGAACUUUUCAACAAGUUGGGGCUGCCAGAAUUUUCCGACAUAUAUAGUAUACUACCAAAUUGUUCAAAAGUCUCUGUAGAAAUAAGGGGCUCAUGGCAAAAUUUUAUAUUAAUUCGGGAUUAUCCAUUAGCAAGUUUCAGGGGAAAGUUCAAAAGUGUGAGUAUAAAUAAGGGGCUCAAGGGUUCAAUAGUUUUAAGAGAGAGAGAGAGAUCAUGACGAAAAGCUUGCAGUCUGUGAUGGCGCCCCUGUUAUCCUUUCCUAUGCAUUUUGUGCAUCCUGACUUCCAUGAAAUCCUAGGGAGGAUGACACUCAUCGAUCGCUUCCUCUUCAUUAUUAUACAUUUAGUAGACAAGGCAGGGAUAUGGCACAGGCUACCAGUGCUUUUAGGUGCCCUUUACCUUGUUAUCAGACGCCAUCUCCAUGAAGAAUAUAACCUCCUUAGUGUGGGAAAAACACCAGUUGGGGUGCGCUUCAAUCCUGCUGAUUACCCUUACAGAACUGCCAAUGGCAACUACAACGACCCCUUCGCCCCCGAAUCCGGCAGUCACGACAGCUUUUUUGGGCGAAACAUGCCUCCUCAAGAUCAGAAAGCCGUGCUUUUGAAGCCGGAUCCAAUAGUUGUGGCAACUAAGCUUCUUGCUAGGAGGAAGUUGAUAGACACUGGAAAACAAUUCAACAUUAUCGCUGCGUCUUGGAUACAGUUCAUGAUACACGACUGGAUUGACCACCUUGAAGACACUCAACAGGUAGAACUAAAGGCUCCAGCUUCGGUGGCAAGUGAGUGCCCACUCAAGUCCUUCAGGUUCUAUAAGACAAAGGAAGUGCCCACUGGCUUCUACGAAAUCAAGAGCGGUUCCAAGAACAUUAGAACUCCUUGGUGGGAUGGGAGUGGGAUUUAUGGGAGCACGGCAGAGAAGCUUGCAAAGGUCAGAACAUUUAGAGAUGGGAAGCUAAAAAUCUCCUCAAAUGGUCUCCUUCUCCACAAUGAUGAGGGUAUUGCAGUAGCCGGAGAUGUGCGCAACAGCUGGGCAGGGGUUUACCUUCAAGCCCUCUUUAUCAUGGAGCAUAAUGCCAUUUGUGAUAAACUCAAGUGGCAUCAUCCGCAUCUCGACGAUGAAUCCUUGUAUCGGUACGCAAGACUGGUGACCGCAGCUGUAAUAGCCAAGGUUCACACGAUCGAUUGGACUGUGGAACUGCUUAAAACCGAUACAAUGCUUGCUGCAAUGAGAGGAAACUGGUAUGGCAUAUUGGGUAAGAAGUUCAAGGACACCUUUGGUCAUGUUGGAGGCCCCAUCUUGGGUGGAUUAGUUGGUCUAAAGAAGCCUGAGAACCAUGGCGUUCCUUAUUCCUUGACAGAGGAGUUUACUAGUGUUUAUAGAAUGCAUUCUCUAAUGCCUGACCACCUUAUCUUAAGAGACAUUCAUGGGCAACCUCAAAAGGACAAGUCCCCACCAAUUCUAGAAGAGAUACCCCUUGAAGAAAUGAUUGGGAUCAGGGGGGAGAAGAAGGUAGCUGAUAUUGGAUUUGAGUCCCAAAUUGUAUCAAUGGGUCAUCAAGCUUGUGGGGCUCUAGAGUUAUGGAAUUAUCCUCUCUUCUUCAGGGAUACUGUGCCAGAAAAUGUGGAUGGGACUGAGAGACCUGAUCAUGUUGAUCUACCAGCACUCGAAAUUUAUAGGGACAGGGAGAGGGGUGUGCCAAGGUACAAUCAAUUCCGAAGAAAUCUGUUGAUGAUUCCUAUUGAAAAAUGGGAACAACUCACUGAUGACAAAGAAGCAAUCGAGUUACUGCAAGAGGUUUAUGAUGACGACAUUGAGAAGUUGGAUCUCUUGGUUGGAAUGAUGGCUGAAAAGAAGAUCAAGGGCUUUGCAAUAAGCGAGACAGCUUUCUUCAUUUUUCUGAUCAUGGCUACUAGGAGGCUCGAAGCUGAUCGUUUCUUCACCAGCUAUUUCAAUGAAGAAACUUAUACCAAGGAAGGAUUUGAAUGGGUGAACACCACAGAGAGUUUGAAAGACGUUAUCGAUCGCCACUAUCCCCAUCUCACUCACAAAUGGCUCAAUGCUUCCAGUGCUUUCUCUGUUUGGGAUGCACCUCCAAACGAAGAUAGUCUUGUGCCUCUCUAUCUUCGCACCCCCCAUUAAUAAUUGAAAAAGUAUAUAAAAAUAUUAUUUACUUUUUGUAUAAGGAGAUCAUAAUCACCUUUGUCCACCAUAUAUUAAAUUGGAUAGUUGUAAGUGUGUUGUUGACUAGACUCCAAGUUAAAAAAAAAAAAUUUGAAUUUCGUGACGCAA